AUUCUCGUUUCUCUGCCUUUGCUUCUACUUCCAGAUUGAAGACAUCAUGGCAUCGCGGAAGGCAUGCCCCUGGCUCCAACGGCAGAGUCGGAUAACUGCCUACAAUGCCGGCUCUGCCACCGGUACCACGCCUUCAAGGCAAUGAAGCCGCCACAACGGUUGGGAGUGGCCCGCGCGCAGGGCUACUGCGUCAACUGCCUCGCACUCACCCACACUACCGGGGAAUGCGACUCACCAGGCAGUUGCAAGACCUGCGGGCUAGCGCACCACACGCUGCUGCAUGUGGCAGCCAACACCCAUGCGCGCAAGGGGCCAAGGGAACAAGGGCCCAAGCAACGAAAACCGGCCACAAAGGCCCCAAGGAGCAACAAGCGGCGCGCACCACCGAAGAGGAAGGCGCUGAAGACCGCACAGCAGAAGGCGCAGAAGAAUGCGCAAAACCACGGAAGGCAGGGGCCGCAACCACCGCGCAAAAAGACCGCCCAAAGGACGAUCGCGCGCACCCACCAAGGCCUGCAAACGGCCAGCUACCAGGGUUCACCACUAACCGUGUCCUGGGCAACACCAUCCGCGCGCUAAAAGAGCUGCAGAAGACCCUGAGCAGCGCAUUCCUGCAGGGCGGGGAGAAUGUUUAAGCCGCCGCUUAAAGCGCAAUACGACGGCCGUGCGCGCAAUCCUUGGCCGCAGCAGUUUGGCAGUUGAUCGACGUCAACUCCGAAAAUGCAAUUACCGAGCGCGCACGGCCGCCUCCCCAUCGUCGUAAAACAUCAGCAGAAGGUAGUUCAGCUAACAUCGUCAGACUACGCGCACGUGCCCCCUGAAAGCUAGUAUUUGGGAACUCCCUUUAAAUGUUCCAUUUUGUAAAUUCUAUAAGUGAAAACAUAAACUUUAAUUGUUAAAAAAAGCUCAUGAAUAAACUGAGGUGAACUUUGUAAAUUUAAAAUUGAAAACUGAAGUCUUUUCCUUCAAACGGAAAUUAAAGUGUAGUGAGGUGAGUGCGAAGGGACCAAGCGAGCGAAUUAAAUCAGCUGGAUUAUGGGAAAUGAACCAGUAGGAUGCCAGGAUAAAAAUGAAUGUUUACUUCAAAACCAACAACCAACAUCAACAACCAUCAACAAGCAUCAAAAACCAGAGCUCAGUACGUCAUAGUUAUUUUUCUUCUGUUUUUGGAAGCCAGUGCAAUGAGUGGUCAAAACGUUGAAACUGCGCGUAAAAUAUAUACUAUUACAUUUUCAUUUAUCCACUUAGUUAAGUUUAACUAUAACGAAGCAAAAUGAUGUGUAAAAACAAGUAAUUGCUAUUAAAUCUAAGUAAAAAAAUCAUACAAUUUAAAUGAUAAUUAUUAAAAAGAUACAUGCAUACAUAUAUACGUUCAGAACAUAAAUAUAUAUAGGAUAUACAAUUUUAAUCUCUUUGUCAACUUAAUUGCGGCCCUGAAAAGGGCCUCUUGUUGAUUGGCUUAUAUGUAUGUAUCUAAACAUAAAAUUUCAAUCUCUUUGUCAACUUAA